AUGGUUCAAAUACAGGUUCUCUUUAUUCUUGUUCAUGACUUGUAUGAGUUACUGAAUAAAACAUACGGCGAAAUUCAACCAUGGCUGAACAUCCAGAAGGAGAGGAUUCGGAAUGACCUUGGCAAACUGGAGACAUGCCCUGGCGUGAGCGGAAGUGGAACACACUAUGGACUUUCUGGGAAAUCCUCGUUGACGAUUCAGUUUGUUGAAGGCCAAUUUGUUGACUCCUAUGACCCAACCAUAGAGAACACUUUCACAAAAUUGAUCACAGUAAAUGGACAAGAAUAUCAUCUUCAACUUGUAGACACAGCUGGGCAAGAUGAAUAUUCCAUCUUUCCCCAGACGUACUCCAUAGAUAUUAAUGGUUAUAUUCUCGUGUAUUCUGUGACAUCGAUCAAAAGUUUUGAGGUGAUUAAAGUUAUCCAUGGCAAGUUGUUGGACAUGGUGGGGAAAGUGCAAAUACCUAUUAUGUUGGUUGGGAAUAAGAAAGACCUACAUAUGGAAAGGGUGAUCAGUUAUGAAGAAGGGAAGGCGUUAGCAGAAUCUUGGAAUGCAGCUUUUUUGGAAUCUUCUGCUAAAGAGAAUCAAACUGCUGUUGAUGUGUUCAGAAGGAUAAUUUUGGAGGCAGAAAAAAUUGAUGGGGCUGCUUCACAAGGAAAGUCUUCCUGCUCGGUGAUGUAAUUCUGCUGCGGGGCCCGAGGCCACUGGGACCCGUCCUGCCCGGAGACGCAAACUGCCCGUCAUCCUCGAAGAUAAACUCUGCUUCGUUUUCCUUCUGUUAACCUGAAAGAUUUAUUUGGGUCAGAGCUUUUUCCCACCUGCCCCCCUUUCAGAUUAUGUUGAACUCUGACUAUCCUUCUGAGUUCACUUCCACUUUCAAAUUUUAAGCAAUCAUAUUUUCAAUUUAUAUAUUGUAUUUCUUAAUAAUAUUAUGACCAAGAAUUUUAUCGGCAUUAAUUUUUAAGUGUAGUUUGAUGUUUAAAAUAAUGUAAUCAUCAAAGAUGCAUAUUGUUACACUACUAUUAACUAGGCUUCCAUAUAUCAGUGUUUAUUUCAUUGUGUUAAAUGUAUACUUGUAAAUAAAAUAGCUGCAAACCUUAA